AUGGUGCAAGGACCUUGGGGUACUAACCAAAUGCUUCGAAAUCAUGUUGGUGGCAGCUAUGCGAUUCCGGGUCAGUGGGGAAGUGCGCCAUUCAUGUCUGGUGGAUGGAGAGGUCCAGCAAUUACUUCAGGAACUACAUCUAGCGCUCUGAUGCCUACACACCAUAGGAAUCAAGGCUUCACUUACGAUCACCGUCUUACUGGCCCUUAUAUGCCUCAAAACAUGAUGUCGCAUGCUCCGGUCAUCACGAGUGGACCGAUGAUGGGUAGUUCGGCAAUGGUUAUGAACGAACCGAUAAUACACGAUAAUGGGUUUGGCGGAUACGACGAUGGCUAUAUCAGCGAUUAUGGUGGAUACUGUGACGCUAGACACAAGAAGAGGAGGCACAAGAGUCAUUACAAGUACAAGUAUACGGACAACCCCGCAACCAACUGCACAGUUAUGUGA